AGAACAAAGUGCAACGCAAUCAUCAAACCUUGUUGCAAUUGUCCGUCUAUUUUCUAGUAUUUAUUGCCUAUUUAAGUCAUAAGCCGGGCCAAAUAAUGUAAACCGGUUAUAGAAUCGGAUUAAGCGCGCUAGCCAAGAUUGUUAGAUACUAUUCGAGAGCUACCUUGAUGGCCGGAGUUGGAGAGCCACUUCGUGACUGGAGCCCGCUUGGAAUGGUCCGAUCAAGUUGGUCGAAAGUGAGAGUACUCCCGUUGCUGUGGUUCCUGUUCCACGGGAUUCCCCUGCUGGCCAUUCGCCUGCAGCCCUGCGAACUAGCUGGCCAACUCUAUAUACUGGAUGUCCCGAAAUCGGAAUUACCCCUAUGGCUUUGUAUUGCCGAAUUCGAGAGCCGCUUCAACACGCACGUUGUGGGCCAGGCCAAUGCGGAUGGAUCGCGGGACUACGGACUGUUCCAGAUCAGCGAUCGGUACUGGUGUGCGCCGCCGAAUCGAACGGAAUACUAUGCAUUCAACGAUUGCAAUGUUAAUUGCACUCGCCUUCUAAGCGACGACAUCACCAUGGCCGUCCAGUGCGCCCGUCUCAUCCAGAAGCAGCAGGGUUGGACGGCCUGGUCCGUUUACCCGGAGUUCUGCAAUGGCACAUUGGAUGCCAUCGAUGAGUGUUUCCAGCCAGGGAACGCCACAGAUUCUGUGGCCAGCGACGAGCUGGCAGAGGUCAAAGAUAGUUAGAGAUUGUCUGCCCAUUAGGUCAUCACUGCCGAAAUAUGAGAAUUUAUGUAUGCGAAAUUAAAAUCUUAAUUACCGUUUAAA